CUUUACUUGUAUUACUAUGGGGGUUCCAGCAUUUUUUAGAUGGCUCUCAGACAAGUUUCCAAAGGUUGCUACAACUGUGAUUGAAGAACACCCUAAAGAAGUCAACGGCAUAAUAUUGCCUGUCGACACAACAAAGCCUAAUCCUAACGGACAAGAAUAUGACAAUCUUUAUUUAGAUAUGAAUGGUAUUAUUCAUCCUUGCUGUCAUCCUCAAGACAAGCCUGCACCAGCAACAGAAGAUGAAAUGAUGAUUGCUAUUUUUGAAUACACAGAUCGUAUUGUAAAUAUGGUCCGUCCUCGUAAACUACUUUACAUGGCUAUUGACGGUGUUGCUCCUCGCGCUAAAAUGAACCAACAACGUUCUCGUCGUUUCCGUGCUGCUCAACUUGCUCAAGUAGAAAGAGAAGCCAAUGAACGUGUUGAGAAAGAAUUAGAAGCUAUUGGUCAAGCACACCAAUUACCGGAAAAGAAAAAACACUUUGACUCCAACUGUAUUACACCAGGUACACCAUUUAUGGCUCAUUUAGCCAACUGUUUACGUUACUACAUCGCAUCAAAACAAAACUCAGACCCUCUUUGGAAGAAUCUGAAAGUCAUUUUAUCCGAUGCUACUGUUCCAGGUGAAGGUGAACACAAAGUCAUGGAAUUUAUUCGUGUUCAGAGAAUGCGUCCUGAACACAACCCAAAUACGUCUCAUGUCAUGUACGGUUUAGAUGCCGAUUUGAUCAUGUUGGCCUUGGCUACACACGAACCUCAUUUCAAAGUGCUGCGUGAAGAUGUCUUUGAAGAUAAGAAAAAGAAGGGCCUUUGUUACAAGUGUCAUCAACCAGGACACUCUGCUCCUCAAUGCCAAGUGUCUGAUGAAGCGAUUGAAGCCAUGCGAAAAGAAGAAGCAAAGAAUGCACCGCCGAAACCGUACGUCUUUUUACAUGUGAAUGUACUAAGAGAGUAUUUGGAACAUGCUCUCAAGUUCAAUAUUCCUGGCAUCCCUUGGGACAUGGAAAGAGCCAUUGAUGAUUGGGUGUUUAUGUGUUUCUUUGUAGGCAAUGAUUUCUUGCCUCAUUUACCGUCCUUGGAAAUCAGAGAAGGAGCUAUCAGUACCUUGAGUUUGUUGUGGAAGAGUACGAUGCCUAUGAUGGGUGGUUACAUGACACACAAUGGCGAUGUUGAUCUAAAGCGUGUUCAAAUGUUGGUGACCGAGCUAGGCAAGAUGGAAGACAACAUUUUCGCUGAAAGAAAACAGACAGAAGAAAGAAGAGCCAAGGGCGCAAAGAGAAGAAGAUUAGAGAAUGAUAGACGUGCUCAGGAGACGAAGAUGUUUAAUCCUAAUGGACCUAAUUUUGGCGACAUGACAGCUGCUCCUGUCAACAAUCCUAAUGCAGGCAUGUCCAAUGCUGAUGUGGUGGCUAACCGAGCUCAGAUUCGACUGGCCAACAUUAACGCAGCUGCAGCACUACGAGCUGAAUUAUCAGGCAACCCUCCUCCUGUCGAUGCAUCAGAGAAACAAACUACAAAGAGAAAGCGUGAUGAAGCAGAAUUAGAUGAGGAAGAAGAAGAAGAAGAUGAUGAUGAUGAUGAUAUGGAAGAUGAAUCUGAAAGUGAUGCUUUUACAAGUGCUUCUGAUGCUGAAGCUGCUGGUAAAGCCAUCUUAAAAAGAGUGGCUGACGAGAAGAAAGAAAAAGAAGAAGCUGCUCGUCAACGUGAGCCUGAUGAUGAAGUUCGACUUUGGGAAGCAGGUUGGAAGGAAAGAUAUUAUUCAACCAAGUUCAACUUGACUUUGAAUGAAAGAGAUGAGAUUAGACAAGUAGUCAAAUCGUAUUGCGAAGGCCUGAUUUGGGUGUUUAAAUACUACUAUGUUGGCUGUGUUUCUUGGUCUUGGUAUUAUCCUUAUUACUAUGCCCCUAUGGCAUCUGAUUUUGUCAACAUUGACAGCUUUGAUAUCAAGUUUGAACAAAGUGCACCUCUGAAACCCUUUGAACAAUUGAUGGGCGUAUUACCAGCUGCCAGUAAAGAUCAUAUUCCCAAACCCUUCCAUCAUCUUAUGACAGAAAGUGAUUCGCCUAUCAUUGACUACUAUCCUACUCAAUUUGAAGUGGACAUGGACGGCAAGAAAUGGGAAUGGCAAGGUGUUGUCAAACUGCCGUUCAUUGACACACCUCGUCUCUUGGAGGCCAUGAACACGGUUUAUGAUCAACUCAAUGAGGAAGAAGUCCAACGCAAUUCUGAAGGACCCUCUGUUCUCUAUGUCAGUGAAGCACACAAAGCCUAUAAUGCCAUCAGUACUGUCUACACAAAACGAACCAACAAUGAAAAGCUCAAGUUGGAUGCUCGUCUCACAGACGGCUUGACUGGGUUAGUCGAUAGAGAUGCAGAAUGCAUUCCUCGUAGUACAUUGCGUACACCUUUACCUGAUUUUGAUUUACCUGAUAUCGCUAAUGACAAGUCCAUCAGCGUCACUUAUUCACUACCCAUCUUCCCUGAUGGAUUCAAGUUCUCUACACAGUUAUUAAAGGGUGUCAAGAUUGGCGAUACAUUGGCUUAUGAAGAUAUUCAGUUGGCUACGUUUGAAAAGAUUGAUAAUCGUCAACGUUAUAACAGUAACCGUGGCUGGACCUCACAAAUAAACCAUAUGGAAGAUUAUCGUGAAUAUAACAACCAACGCCCUCGUCGUGGACGUGGUAGCUAUAAUGGUCAGCAAGGCUAUGGUGCUGGUUAUAACCAUGGUUUUGAUGAUGGAUCUCGCUUCCCAGGUACACAGUCUUAUGGUUACCAUGAUCAAUACAAUGGUGGUGGAUAUGGCAAUCAACGCUAUAACAACAACAAUAGUUAUGGCUAUAACCCACAAGGCUAUUAUCAACAACAACAACAACAACAACAACAACAAUCAAGAGGAUAUCAUCAAAACAAUAAUGGCUAUGGUGGUUAUGGUAACCAGUACAAUAAUGGUGGUGGCUAUGGCAACUAUAACCAAGGCUACAAUAACAAUAGAGGUGGUCGUGGACGAGGUGGAGGCUAUGGUGGUGGUCGUGGACGUGGUGGAGGCUAUUACUAAACUUAUGUAUACUUGUCGUUUUAUGUACAAUAAAUAUGUGUUGAACUCUU